AUGCAGUGGACGCUGCUGCUGCUGGCGGCGCUGGUGCCGCUGAGCUCCGGGUGGCUGAUUCCUGGGAUCGCGUCGCUGCUGCAUGCCAAGGCCUACCUGCUACGCCAGUUCACCGGCAAGAUCUUCCAGAAACCUGCAGUCCACAUUGCCAAGAUACACGUCUACCCCGCCUACCCCGCCAGGACGAUAUACUACCCUCCGAAGCCGGUCUACCGACCGCCGCCCCCGGUCUACGGCCCACCCCCGGCUUACGGCCCACCCCCUGUCUACGGGCCGCCUCCGUCGUACGGGCCGCCCCCAACGACGACGACGACGACGACUUCGCCGCCAGAGACAUUACCUCCGGAGACUGAACCUCCGCCUCCCCCGGAGGCGCCUUAUGCACCGCCACCGCCACCGGAGUCGUCGUACGGGCCUCCACCGCACGAAGAGGUGUUCACGGAGCCUCCUCCACCUCCACCGGCGUAUGGCCCGCCCCCGGCAUCCUACGGCCCACCACCAGUGACGCACGGGCCGCCUCCAUCGUCUUACGGACCACCCCCUUCGUCUUACGGACCACCCCAUUUGUCUUACGGUCCGCCUCCGACAACGUAUGCGCCACCGCCGUCGUCUUACGGGCCGCCUCCCUCGUCAUACGGCCCACCCCCAGCGUAUGGAGUUCCCAGAUGAGAGCGAGGUGAGAGGCAGAUGACUUACGCUGGAGAAGACCUCAGGCAGUUUCCAUCUCUCCAUGGAGAACCUGCCGCAGCCAUCGCCAGUGCCGAUCUGCAAAUCUGUUUUUUAUUUUGUAAUAAAAAUCCAAAGUCUUACCUGUAACGU